CCUUCAUCCACAUCAAGAUUUAAGCCAUUUCCUUCCACUUCCCUAACUUGGCUUUUGCCAUUUUCUCCUCACCUGCUUCUUUUGAAUCAUACAACUCCCUCGCUUGUUGCAUUUCUAUUGGUGUGUUCUCAAAAGCCACAUAUAUGCAUCCCUGCAUGCAUGCAUGCAUGAUGUUCUCCUUAAAUGCUACAACGGGAUUCGCUAACUUCAUCUAGUCAUUUUACACUUAGCGCCGUCUUGUCUAACGUAAUCAAGAGGAUAUUUGGAUACAGUUAUGGAGAACAUAAGAAGUCCAUUCAGGGGGAUAAUCGAAGACAUCAAGGGAAGAAGUGUUUGCUACAUGCAAGAUUGGGUCAAUGGAUUUCGCUCUGGAUAUCGGAUAUUAGCUCCAACUACAUAUAUCUCCUUUGCCUCUGCUCUACCUGUUAUUGCCUUUGGGGAGCAACUGAGCCGAGAUACAGAUGGCUCCCUCAGCCCAGUGGAAACAUUGGCUUCUACAGCUAUUUGUGGUAUCAUUCACUCCAUUUUAGGUGGGCAGCCUUUGUUGAUAUUAGGUGUUGCAGAGCCAAAGAUAAUAAUGUACACUUAUAUGUACAAUUUCUGCAAAAAAAGGCCGGAGUUGGGCAAGCAACUCUAUUUGGCUUGGGCAGCAUGGGUCUGCAUGUGGACAGCUUUGAUGCUCAUUCUUCUUGCUAUAUUCAAUGCAUGCACCAUAAUCAGUAGAUUUACAAGAUUUACCGGAGAUCUUUUUGGCAUGUUAAUAACCGUUCUUUUCAUUCAAGAGACUGUCAAGGGGGUGGUCAGUGAGUUCCGUAUUCCCAAAAGUGAAAAUCCUAAUCUGGAGAAAUAUCAGUUCCACUGGCUAUAUACAAAUGGCUUGUUGGCAGUCAUUUUCUCUUUUGGGUUUUUAUUGACGUCUCUAAAGACAAGGACGGCAAGAUCGUGGCGUUAUGGAACAGGUUGGUUUCGAAGUUUUAUUGCAGACUAUGGAGUUCCCUUAAUGGUCCUGUGUUGGACAGCUUUGUCUUACACGGUACCAAGCAAAUUUAAUUCUGGAAUUCCCAGGAGGCUUUUCUGUCCACUUCUUUGGGAACCUGAAUCAUUGCCUCACUGGACAGUUAUAAAGGAUAUGGGAAAGGUUCCUGUAGUGUACAUAUUUGCUGCCAUUGUACCUGCAUUGAUGAUAGCUGGUGUACACUUCUUUGAUCAUAGCGUCUCUUCACAGUUGGCGCAGCAGAAAGAGUUUAACCUUAAAAAUUCCUCUGCUUAUCAUUAUGAUGUCUUGCUGCUAGGAGUUAUGACAUUGAUUUGUGGGUUGCUGGGACUCCCUCCUUCAAAUGGGGUCAUUCCACAGUCUCCUAUGCACACUAAGAGCCUUUCAGUUCUCGAGACUCAGUUGAUUCGGAAAAAUAUGGUAAAAAUUGCCAAGGAGAGCAUGUUGCAACAUGCAAACAACUCAGAGAUCUAUGGGAGAAUGCAAGCCGUAUUCAUAGAAAUGGACCAAUCUUCUCCUCGUGCAGUUGAUAAUGAGUUGAGGAACCUGAAAGAGGCUGUAAUGAAAAGUGACGGUGCAAAAGAAAAUUUUGAUCCUGAGAAAGACAUUGAUCCUUAUUUGCCAGUUAGAGUUAAUGAGCAAAGAUUGAGCAACCUGUUGCACUCACUCCUCGUCGGACUUUCAAUGUGUGCUCUACCAGUAAUAAAAAUGAUACCUACAUCAAUAUUAUGGGGUUACUUUGCCUACAUGGCCAUUGAUAGCCUCCCAGGGAACCAGUUCUGGGAAAGGUUGUUACUACUUUUUGUCACCCCUAGCAGGCGCUACAAAGUUCUUGAAGGUGAUCAUGCAUCAUUUAUGGAGUCCGUGCCUUUCAAACCCAUCUUGAUUUUUACGUCGAUCCAAUUUGUAUAUCUUAUUAUAUGUUUUGGGGUAACAUGCAUACCCAUAGCUGGGAUGUUAUUUCCGCUGCCAUUCUUCCUUCUCAUCGCCAUCAGAGAGCACAUCUUUCCAAAGCUUUUCAAUCGUGAACAUCUUCAGGAACUCGACUCUGCUACGUAUGAAGAGAUUUCCGGUACACCACGGAGAAUCUUCGAUUUAAUCAAGGAAAAAGAAUCAUCUAACUCGCGCCAUGAAGGAUCUGAAGAUGACUAUUAUGAUGCAGAGAUACUAGAUGGGAUAACAACCAACAGAGGAGAGUUGAAACAUAGACGUAAAAAUCCAAAGGAAGAAAGGGUAUAUCAGGUUCAAGAAGAAGAAGCAGAGCUCAGCGGAAGAAGCGUUAGUUUUUAGUGUAACCUGAGCCUGCGAUGAUGAAGGUUGAUGAUUUGUUGCCUUUAGUGUAGCUAGUGAAUCACCAUAAAUAAAAGUUGAAUUUUUGUUAUAGAAAAAAAUUCAUCACUUUCUUGCCAGCCGUGAGGACAAUUUGAGAGAUGGAAUUUACCUUUGGAUAAGAAUUUCAACGUCUUUUAUGUUUCUAAUUUGUUCACAUGAGAUUA